UUUUCUGCCUGCUUUAUAUUCGCUGGCAGCUGAUUAGAUGGUGCCCACCCAGAUUAAGGGUGGGUCUGCCUUUCCCAGCCCAUUGACUCAACUGUUUCUCCUUUGGGAACACCCUCACAGACACAACCAGGAUCAAUACUUUGGAUCCUUCAAUUCAAUCAAGCUGACACUCAGUAUUAACCAACACACCGUUUUUAUUAGUCAUGCUUGAGACUAAAUUAAACAUUAUUGUUCUUUUUUUUUUUUUUUUUUUUUGAGAAGGAGUCUUACUCUGUCACCAGGCUGGAGUGCAGCGGCACAAUCUCGGCUCUCUGCAACCUCCAUCUCCUUGGUUCAAGCAAUUCUCCUGCCUCAGCCUCCUGAGUAGCUGGGAUUACAGGACCUUAGAUAAACUUACUAUCACUUUAUAGCAGUAGAGAAAGCACUGAAAUUGGCACUGUAUUUGUUUUCUAUUGCUUCUAUAACAAAUUACCACAAACUUGGUGACAUAAAACAACACAAAUUUAUUGCUUAAAGUUCUGUAGGUCACAGGCCUGACAAGUGUCUCAUUGGGCUAAAAUCAAGUUGUCAGCUGGGCUGUGUUCCUUCUGGGGGCCUUACGGAAGAAUCUGUUUCCAUGCCUUUCCCAGCUUCUAGAAGCCUCCAGAUUCCUAGGCUCCUGGGCCCCUUCCUCCAUCUUCAAAGCCAGCAAGGGCAGAUUGAGGUCUUUUCAAGUCACAUCACUCUGACCUCUUCUGCCUCCAUUUUCCACUUUUUUUUUUUUUGAGAACGAGUCUCUCUCUGUUGCCCAGGCUGGAGUGCAGUGGCGUGGUAUCAGCUCACUGCAACCUCCGCUUCCCGGGUUCCAGCGAUUCUCAUGCCUAAGCCUCCAGAGUAGCUGGGACUACAGGCACCCACCACCACGCCAGACUAAUUUUUUGUAUUUUUAGUAGCGACAGGGUUUCACCUUGUUGGCCAGGCUGGUCUUGAACUCUUGACCUCAGGUGAUCCACCCACCUUGGCCUCCCAAAGUGCUGGAAUUAAGGCCUGAGCCACCGUGCCCAGCCCAUUUUCCACUUUUAAGGACCUUAUGACAACACUGGGCCCAACCAACUAAUCCAGGAUAAUAUCCCUAAUUUAAUGUCAGCUGAUAAGCAACCUUAAUUUCAUCUGUAACCUCAAUUCCCCUUUGCCAUGUAACCUAAACUAUUCAGUCUCCAGGAAUUGGGAAGUGGACAUCAUUGGCAGGGGGCAUUAUUCUGCCUGUUAUAGGCAUACUUGCCCACAAGUCUAAAUCGAGAGUUUGCAUAUAGGAGGUAGAAGGUGUGACAAUAAUUGGAUAAAGGCUUUUCUGGAAUGACAAAAUUCUCUUCAAAUACAGGGAGGCCCUGCGACAUGAUAUCUGGCAAAUCACUUGAGUCUUAGUAUCCAAAUUUCCGCUAAAAUGGAAAUUACCAUCCUUUGCUUGGCAUGUUAAAUGAAAUACUUAUGUAAACGGACUUAGAUUAGAGGCCUACAAAUAGGACUCAAGUUCUUGAUGAAUCUUGAUGAGGAGGGUGGGCGAAGUACUCUAAAUGAAAAUGAGAUAGAUUGCGAGAUUUCCGGAGAGGAGUGAGUGACAAGCGCCUACCCGUGCAUGAAGCUGGAGGUAGAAAAUUCCAGCAAAAGGAAUUUUCAAGUUUCAUUGAAGCUUUUGAAUCAAGGUUUGAGAGCCCAGGGUUAAAAAAAAAAGGCAGUGAAGAAGCUCAUUAAGACAACCCCCCGCCAGGUAGCAGAUAGCACCUGAAAUGCAGUGGGAAAUUUGUGAGGUCUUCAUAGGCAAGGAUUAAAUUUUACAUCUCCACCUUAAGAUGUGUCAUAGUUGUUCAAUUACUUAGUGACUAAAAAAGUGAAUUAAAGAUGUUGUCAAGAUAAAAAGAAAAAAAAAGCCAAUGCAGGUUCCACCGAGAUUUGAACUCGGAUCGCUGGAUUCAGAGUCCAGAGUGCUAACCAUUACACCAUGGAACCAACACGCGUGUGUAGCUGCCUUCAGCUCUCUAAUCCUCAGAGAACCCCGCCCCCAUCCACAAACCCACCACUCACAGGCGGUACCGCCUGGUUCCAGCGAGCCGCUUCCUGGCAGGGUAGCUCGAGAGAUGAGCAAGCGGCCCCUAAGACUAUGGUAGCUAGGAGUUCCAGAACUCAGUUUCCCCUUUGAGCCUCCUUUAGCGACUAAAGCUUGAAGCCCCACGCAUCUCGACUCUCGCGCACACCUCCCUUGUUGGGCUCAGGGGCGGGGCGCCGCCCCCGGAAGUACUUCCCCUUAAAGGCUGGGGCCUGCCGGAAGUGGCGCAGCGGCAGGGAGGGGCUCUUCACCCAGUCCGGCAGUUGAAGCUCGGCGCUCGGGUUACCCCUGCAGCGACGCCCCCUGGUCCCGCAGAUACCACUGCUGCUCCCGCCCUUUCGCUCCUCGGCCGCGCAAUGGGCACCCGCGACGACGAGUACGACUACCUCUUUAAAGUUGUCCUUAUUGGAGAUUCUGGUGUUGGAAAGAGUAAUCUCCUGUCUCGAUUUACUCGAAAUGAGUUUAAUCUGGAAAGCAAGAGCACCAUUGGAGUAGAGUUUGCAACAAGAAGCAUCCAGGUUGAUGGAAAAACAAUAAAGGCACAGAUAUGGGACACAGCAGGGCAAGAGCGAUACCGAGCUAUAACAUCAGCAUAUUAUCGUGGAGCUGUAGGUGCCUUAUUGGUUUAUGACAUUGCUAAACAUCUCACAUAUGAAAAUGUAGAGCGAUGGCUGAAAGAACUGAGAGAUCAUGCUGAUAGUAACAUUGUUAUCAUGCUUGUGGGCAAUAAGAGUGAUCUACGUCAUCUCAGGGCAGUUCCUACAGAUGAAGCAAGAGCUUUUGCAGAAAAGAAUGGUUUGUCAUUCAUUGAGACUUCGGCCCUAGACUCUACAAAUGUAGAAGCUGCUUUUCAGACAAUUUUAACAGAGAUUUACCGCAUUGUUUCUCAGAAGCAAAUGUCAGACAGACGCGAAAAUGACAUGUCUCCAAGCAACAAUGUGGUUCCUAUUCAUGUUCCACCAACCACUGAAAACAAGCCAAAGGUGCAGUGCUGUCAGAACAUCUAAGGCAUUUCUCUUCUCCCCUAGAAGGCUGUGUAUAGUCCAUUUCCCAGGUCUGAGAUUUAAAUAUAUUUGUAAUUCUUGUGUCACUUUUGUGUUUUAUUACUUCAUACUUAUGAAUUUUUCCAUGUCCUAAGUCUUUUGAUUUUAGCUUUAUAAAAUCAUCCACUUGUCCCGAAUGACUGCAGCUUUUUUUCAUGCUAUGGCUUCUCUAGCCUUAGUUUAAUAAACUGAAUGUUUGGAUUCCUCAAUUAUGGUUUACUUUUCAUCAUGGAAGCCUGUCACUGUAUGUAGGACAUAAUAGAACUUGAUCACUUGAAGCUCAGACCUAUUGGUCUUGAUCAAAUCAAACUGAAGAAGACCUUAGAAAUAAGCUACCAUUUUGCCACAGAGCAGCUUAUAGGUAAUACACUCUUCUCUCAGUGCAGUGUACAUUUCCACAAAUCUAAGAAUUGCCCUAUAAACAUAGCAGGAUUUUGAGAGCUUGAAAAUUUUCCAUUAUUCUGGACAUGAAUUUCUAAAAUGCCUUAAUAGGUUUAUGUAGUUGAGUAAAUUUUGUUUUUUAAUUUUUGUAAGCAUCAAAGUUGAUUAGAGAGGGGGGCACUUUUUCUGGAGAAUUCUCUUAGUAAACACAAAAGAUUGUUACGGUUUCAUUAGUAGUAUGGUUGUGGGGCCAUAAGUUAAACAGUGCUGCCUGGUAGGCUGGGAACUGAAGAGACUUGUGGUAUUCCAUCUCGGGUGCCUCUGUUGCAAUGAUCAGGCAGCCCAAAAGAUUUAAAUGAUCUAUAAUAAUUUCCAAGCAGUAGAUUAUGUGGCAUUUUAUUGCUCAGGCAAUAAUUGGUUUAAUGCUGGUAGUGUCAAAUUUUGAAGUGUUAAUUUUGUCUUAGAACCUUUCAGUAAGUGAAAUACAACCUAGUUUUAUCACCAUAUCCACCAGCAGGCAUGGAUAAUUAUUUUAACAAUGCUAAUAUUUGAGUUUUGCAGUAUAUUAUGGAAUAUAGUCCAGUUAAAUCUUUGGUUUCAGUAUGUCUGAAGAGUACAGUGAGAGGUUAAUUUCUGCUCAAGUGGUACCACUUAAAGGCAUGUAUUCUUUUAGUAUGUAAAAUGAAAUAGUACCUUGAGUUUAAAUAGAAUGCAUUUAGGCAUUGUAGAGAUCUGAAAUAGUUUUCUUCCACUACAUUGUUGAAAUCAGUGAAGCAAUUAGUUUCUCAUUCAGAAAUAUGCACACUAAUAUUUAGUUUUGCUUUCUCGUGGAUAAUAUUAAGCACUUACUCUGCAGUUUCCUGGAAGUUGUGUCAACUGCGGUGAUACUAUUCAGGAUGGUGGGAAAUCCCCAAAAAUAUGUAUGUGUGAGCUUGCUUAGAUUACUAUAUUUCAUAGUUAAUCUUUUGUCUCUUGCGGUGCUCAUGAUGUGUGGGGCACACGGAAGGCAUUGCUGUAGUCAGUCAUUUUGGUUUUCUUCUAUAGCCAUUUUAUUAUUUUAGUGUAUUGGUUAUGAAGAUAAUAUUAUCUAUUUGUAAAUUGCUACUUUGUAUUUUAUGCAUGCUCUGUAAUUUGAUUUUUUUUUUUAGUUAUUGAUUUGGAUUAUAUUCACAUUCUAAUAAACAGUUAUAGGGGGAUUA